AUGGAAGACAUUCGAGUUUCAGAGAAUGUAAGCCGAUAUGGGGAGGAAGAAAGCAAUCAAACAGGUGUUGGUAAACGGAGCAGAAAAGUUAAGUUUUCACGGCCGCUGGAAUAUUGGAAAGAAUAUGAUAAAGAAACUGGGAAUAUAAGUGAACUGAAAGACUCGAGGGUAAAAGAAAACUUGGCACUUCAGAGUAAGAAACGAACCGACACAAGUAGACAAAACAACGAUCCCAAAGGAAGGAAAAAAUCACCGAGCAUAGCAAACGUCGUUGAAGCCUUUCAAAAAAGACAGAAUGAAAAGCUGAAUGUGUUGAAACAGUCGGAAGAGGAAGAGAAGGAUUGUACAAGCGGAUGCAAACAAAACGUGAAACUCUCUGUGUUUACGCCAGGUUCUUUACACAUCAAAAAGCCAGACAAAAACAGAAAACUACAUUCUGUUGCAAACUGCCCUAAAUUAACAACGGACGACGGAGCACUUUUGUGUAAUUUUCACAAAGAAUCCUCGCGAAUCCAAAAUUACUGUACUUAUUCAUUUUCAACUUCUCUACGCAUGUUAACCAGCUUCAGAGAGCGUCCUUUUUUGCCGAUUGUUUGCUCAAGUCGUAAGUUAUACGAUGACCGUUUGCUUCCAAACACACCGGCGGAAAACUGUAUGAGAAGAAAUUAUGAGACUGCUGGAAAAGGCUUGCCGAACGUAGUGAAAAAAUUGAAAACACCAUACAUUGUACAAUUAUUUGAAUAA